UCAACAUCACGGAGCCAAACACUGAUCGGCUUAGAAGAAGCCGUCGAGUCCAAGGACUUCUACUUGAAUUUGGACUAUACGAAAAACCUAAAGAAGCCGUUCCUGAAAUGACUGUGCCAAAGACAGCCAUGGCCAAUGUGCCAGAGACAGACAUGACCACUGGGGACCAACAGGAUAUGAAACCUGCCUUUUGGAUGACGCCAACAGUUGCUGCUGAAGCCAGGAAACCAACAAUCUUCCGGGGUACUCCAGGACAAGAUCCGACAAAAUGGCUGAAGGAAUACCAGAGAGUGUCAUCGUACAAUCAUUGGGAUGACACUAUGCAAUUAGCUAAUGCCUACUUCUUCCUGGACGGCACCGCAAGACAAUGGUACGAAAACAAUGAGGACUCACUGACGUCUUGGACUUUAUUCGAAAAUGGCUUGAAAGUGACCUUUGGAGACACCCAAUCCUACCUCAGACGAGCCAAAGACCACCUCAAGUCUCGCGCACAAAAAUCCGGCGAAAGCAUCCAGUCUUACAUUCAAGACGUUCUCGGACUUUGCAUUCAGGUUGACCCGACCAUGUCCGAAGGAGAUAAGGUUUCUCACCUCACGAAGGGCGUCGCAGAAGAUGUGUUACAAGCCCUUCUUACGAGAGAAAUCCUAACAACAGCCGAUUUUACAAAGUGGUGCCUGUACAUAGAAGAAAUGAGACAAAAGAGAGUGGGACGGUACAAGUUUGCCCGAUUACCUAAUGUUGUCCCUAUGGCCGCAGUGGACGAAGCACCUGACUUGGCUGUGCUAAUUCGUCAGAUUGUCAGAGAAGAAAUUCAACAUGUAAACGCGCAGCCAUUCGAAGUCCAUCCCCGUGAACUGCAAACUACUGAGGCUUCUAUUCGAAACGAGAUGGACAGAUCCAUAGCAGCCCUUACAACCAAUCGACCUCCCUUUAUCACGACAGGACGCCCGAUUGCAAGACCUCCUAGACGUUUGACUACAUACGCCGCAAAGCGACAAAAUAAUGUUCCUUGGAGUGAACCCCAACGAAAGACCGACCUGUGGCGUACCACGGAUAACCGUCCGGUGUGCUUUCAUUGCGGACGACCGGGGCAUGUCGUUCGCUAUUGUCGGGAACGCCGAACCAUAUUUAACGACUACCGAUCCAACAACCCGAGAGGAUAUCCGUCAGCUGACUAUGAAGACGAUACUACCUACGAUGCACCUCCCAGACGAAGAUCCCCUAGUCCUGCCCGAGGACGGUCACCGAUACGUCGUAUGAGAUCUCCAUCGCCGAUGCUGCACCGCCGUUCCAGCCAGUCGCCAACCCGAGAGGAAAACUAAGCCUUGCACCCUCAGUGGGAGGUGAGGCUACAAUUUUUCGAAAUCCUCCAUUGGCCGCUAAAUUGCAGGGAAACCACAUAGA